CGGGGAGCGCCCGGAAUGGAGGUGAUGUCACGGUGAUGCAGCCCGGCCCACCCUGGCCGAGAGAGGGGAGUUCUGCGCCUGGGGAGGAGGGCGGGAGAACCAACCACUGAGCGCGCCCAGCUCAGUCUGGGGUCCUGGGGAGGCAGGCUCCACACCUCGGCUCAGGCCUGGUCACCCCUGCCGGAACGGGCUCUGGCCCUGCGCCCUCCUCUGAGUCCCUCCUACGCCCGGCGGCGCUCUGCCUGGGGCUGAAGUUGGCUCUCAGCGCGGCGCCGGAGCGGGCUGGCUGCGCGUCCCAGGGACCCAGCUGAAGCCUGGCCUGGGAGCCAGGAUGGCCGCCCACAAAACCUUGCUGAUAUACCUAGGACUGCCUCUCUUCUUCCCAGGGGCCGUGGCCCAGCACCAUGCCCCGCCUGGCUGCAGCCCAGACCUGGAUCCCCUGUACUACAACCUUUGUGACCGCUCAGGGGCUUGGGGCAUCGUCUUGGAGGCAGUGGCCGGGGCAGGCGUCGUCACCACAUUUAUGCUCACCAUCAUCCUCGUGGCCAGCAUCCCGUUUGUGGAGGACACUAAGAAGCGGAGCCCCCUGGGGACCCAGGUGUUCUUCCUGCUGGGCACCCUGGGCCUCUUCUGCCUCGUGUUCGCCUGCGUGGUCAAGCCUGACUUCUCCACCUGUACCUCUCGACGCUUCCUCUUCGGUGUCUUGUUUGCCAUCUGCUUCUCCUGCCUGGUAGCCCACGUCUUUGCCCUCAAUUCUCUAGCCCGGAAGAACCGUGGGCCCCGAGGCUGGGUGCUCUUCACCGUGGCCCUGCUACUCACCCUGGUGGAGGUCAUUAUCAACACUGAGUGGCUGAUCAUCACCCUGGUACGGGGAGGUGGCCAGGUCGGCCCUCUGGGCAAUGGCAGUGGUACCGACUGGACCAUGACCUCGCCCUGUGCCAUCGCCAACAUGGACUUUGUCAUGGCGCUCAUCUAUGUAAUGCUGCUGCUGUUGGGAGCCUUCCUAGGAGCCUGGCCCACCCUGUGUGGCCGCUUUAAGCGCUGGCGGAAGCACGGAGUCUUUGUGCUGCUCACCACAGCCAUCUCCAUUGCCAUCUGGGUGGUAUGGAUUGUCAUGUACACCUAUGGCAAUGAGCAGUACCAUAGCCCCACCUGGGAUGACCCCACACUGGCCAUUGCCCUCGCUGCCAAUGCUUGGAUUUUUGUCCUCUUCUACGUCAUCCCUGAGGUCUCCCAGGUGACCAAACCCAGCCCAGAACAGAGCUACCAGAGCGACAUGUACCCUACCCGAGGUGUGGGCUACGAGACCAUCCUGAAAGAGCAGACAAGCCAAAGCAUGUUUGUGGAGAACAAGGCAUUUUCUAUGGAUGAGCCAGCCUCAGCAAAGAGACCGGUGUCACCUUACAGUGGCUACAAUGGACAGCUGCUGACCAGCGUGUACCAGCCCACCGAGAUGGCCCUGAUGCACAAAGGCCCGUCUGAAGGCGCUUAUGAUGUCAUCCUCCCACGGGCCACCGCCAACAGCCAGGUGAUGGGCAGUGCCAACUCAACCCUGCGAGCCGAAGACAUGUACAUGGUCCAGAGCCACCAGGUGGCCACACCACCGAAAGACGGCAAGAUCUCUCAGGAUCAGUCCCCGAAAAAUAAAACGAGAUGGUAGAUGCCCUCUUCCCUGGACCACACCUCAUCCGGAUACCCUCAUUGCUCUGCAUCCAGCUGAGCAGGGCCCAGCAGCUUUCCCACCUUUGUCCUUGGAGCUGGGAGGGACCAAAGGCCACCAAUCUGAAGCAGUGGACUGAGUGGGGACCUUGAGAUAGGCAUGUGACUGGUGCUCAGAGAGCUACCUACCCCCUUGCCCAUCCCAGCCUCCUGGUGCCCAAGUGACUGCAGCUACAGGGAGCUAACUAUUGACUACCAUCUCCUGCCUUAACUCGUGCCCCAAGUCACAGAAUCUGUGUCCCCAUGAGGUUCUCCAGGUGGUUCUUGUCCGGCUGCGAACAUUGGCUGUGUGACACUACUGCCUCGACACUGGACCUUCUUGGCCAUCAAUGUGCCACACAAAUGCACGUCAGAUGAAUCUUUGUGAGUCUGUGGAGACAAGCCACCCAGGAGUUGUCCCUUGCCCUACUCAGGGCCUUCUGCCACCUGCUAGACUGUGGAAAGUCACCAGCUAAGGGCAGAGCCCGGGUUGGGAAGGCUGCUCCUCAUGACCUGAGGGCCCCAGGUCCCGGCGCCUUGCACCUAGACCGAGUCUACCGCACCUUUGGCGGGUUAUGUCCCAUCACCAGGGCAGGACCACUCGACCUGUUCUGUCCUCCCCGCUGCCCGGCACCACUCGGGAUGGGAGUCCCAACACUCGUCCCAGCUGGGAUGCUUUCGUUGUCCAGUACUGCCGCACAGAGAACCCACACAAGAGUUGAAGAGCUAGCGGGCCACUUUGGUGCUUAGGGCUCUGCACCAUUUAUGUACCUCAGUUCGCACCCCCACCCCUGGCCACAUCCCCACAGCCUGCUCCUGGCUUCGUACUGGCUCCCAGGAUAGCUCCUGGGUCAGCUGCACAUGUGAUAUCUCUGAAUUACCCGGAUCUCACAGGUUCUGGAGGUCCCUGGACGUGUGUGGUUGGAGUCUGGGACCACACUUAGGAGACACUGGAGUCAGGGCUGUGUUCUCAGGGUGAUUUACCCCUUUCCGGUGUCAGACUGGUGGGGUAUGGGGUCCAGGACUGCAGAUUGCUUGUGGAAAGAUGUCUAAGUUUCUACCUCAGCUUGGGCAGCAGAUGUCCUCAGGACCCCUGGACCUGCCCUGCUACUUUCAUCACUAGUGGAGCCUCUAGUGUCCUUGGCCUUAGGACAUGUACCUGAGGGAGCCUGAUGGCCACCCCACUAUGGGGCCAUAGAGGAGCCGAGGGGCAGAGGAGGCUCAUCCUAGCCACCUGUCUGGCUGCAGGACACAGACAGGUCAGAGAGGGCCAUUUUCAGGCCUGCGAGCUGCUGGCAACAACGACCGAGAUGGCCAAAGUCCAGACCCUGGAACUGAGAUCUCCACACCAUUGUCCUUUGUGCUACCCUGGGAUACCAGACAGAGCUUCCUCCUCCGUGGCCCCCCUAAGUGUGCCCUGGAGCCUGGCUCUUAGCCCAGCACUACUCAGUGCAAGUGUAGAGGUAAAGAUGAGCAGCUUUCCAGGAAGGCACCCCGGCUUAGUGCUUAGCCCUCAUGCUGUCCCCAGCAGCCUAUGCCUUUUAGCAUUGAGUGAAAGGUCCCCCCAGAGUAGGACUGUACCUCCAAAUGUGGCUCCUCCUGCCUUGACCUCUCUGUUGAGUGAGCACCAGGUGCCUCAGUGUGCACCCGUGUGACGGGUGUGGCUGUGUUCAUAGCCCAAGUUCUGCCGGCAGCUGAGGCUGAGGAAUGACGGGCCCCUGGAAGAUGCCGGCCUGCCUGGACGAAGAAGUUCCCACCGGUUACCCUGUGCCUUCCAGUUCCGGUUCCAGUGGAGAAGCACAUUUUUUAAGGAGGGUUGGGGACCUCCUAGUUUACAGUUCUGUGUCACAGACAAGCCUUGAGUGAGAGAGGAGUAGGCCCCGUCCUGGCUCAAGUUCACCAUUCGCAGGCAAAUAACCUUGGUAGGUGUCACAGCAAACACUGUUACAUCUUGUAGCGGAUGUAAAGGGGAGGUUCAACUUUGUAACUACUCAGAAUUAAAUGGCUGCCCUUUCUGUGUCAGGGGUCACUGGC